GACAUCUCCGCCCUAGGCCACAGAGAAUUAGACCAGCACCGCGAACUCCGGGACCUCGUCCGGCUAGCCGCAUGGGAAAUGCCCCUCCUCUCCACCCUCCAGAAACCCUUCACCCCGCCCCAACGCGCGCAGACGCCGCUGCGCUGGCGGUACACAACUUACAUGGGCGAGCAACAUCCCGCUCAGGCGAAAGUGGUUGUGGAGUUUCGACCAAAGGAUUUGGUGGAGUUGAAUGAGAAGCAGAGGGAGAAAUUACUGAAGCUUGUAGGGAGUCGAUGGGAUCCAUUGAGGGGGGUUGUGAGGAUGAGUAGCGAGGGUUUCGAGACGCAGGCGCAGAAUAAACGCUACCUGGGCGAUGUCAUCGCUUCACUCAUCGCGGAAGCCACGGAUCCGAACGCGGAUAGCUUCGAAGACAUCCCUCUCGAUACCCGCCAUGUCAAGCGGAAACCUCAGUACCCCUUCCCACCGCACUGGCUAUUGACGGAAGCAAGGAAGAAGGAGCUGGAGGGGUUGAGGCGGGAACAGUUGUUGGAGGAGGGAGGGAAGGUGGAGAAGAAUUUGUUGGUUAGUGGCGAGGCGGCGAUUGAGGAG